UCUACAAUCCGUGAAAAUGGCAUUGAUCUAUACGUAUCAAUUAUUGUUGAUGAGAUUCAACCUGCUGGACGGACAGCGCAGCGAAAACGUUUUUGUACAGAAUCAAUUCUGCGUGAUGCAAACCGAGUACGGAACCUCAACUGGUCUAAUGCAUGAAUUGUGCAUAAUGGGGAGAAUGGGCGCUUUUAUGAGUUUCAUGCCAAUACUCCAAACUCGGGCACUGGUGCAUCUGAGGAUGAGUGGAAGCCUGAGGAUUACAGGCCAAGCAAGCAAAAUAUUAAUGACAUCAAGACACCUAAGGGGAAUGAGCCGGUGCCGAUUGGAGAGGGAUACAUCAUACACUAGUGCGACAAGGAAACUGUUGACUUCGGUGUUUACACGCCGAGAGUUAGCGACUCAUUCAUUGACCGGGAAAUCUUCUCCUGCCUUCCCGGGAAAACCUGCGAAGAAACGUCUCGAUCCCGAGCUCGUCAAUGACAUCGUGCAGAUUGUCGUUGAAAAAUCAAAGGUCAACGCAAGCUUGGUGCGAACGACUAUAACUACGAAAUGUGCUGAUGAGAGCAAAAUGUACCGCAGUCGUCAAAAGAAUAAAAAUAAACGCCUGUCGAACCAAGAAAAACUUUCCUCCAUCGCCGCAUAA